GCUAGCUUCAGUUAUAAGCUGUGAAUUAAAAUAGAAUGGCUGCCGAGACGAACCUGGUAGAGGUACCACUAUCGUUCCCGCCGGCCGUGGCCAACAGCUCUGGCAGCUGCGUGGUGGACAUUGAUAAGACCCUCGCUGAAAACGAAAACGGCAGCGAGCCGCCGGCUUCCGGGGAGGCGGCGGCGCGACGGCAGCGAGAGAGGCACUCCAUCUACCGGGUGCCGGAGUACAUGAAGAAGAUGACCAACUCUGACGCGUACCAGCCGCAGCUGGUGUCGCUGGGGCCCUUCCACCACGGCGAACCCGCGCUGCAGCCCAUGGAGGCGCACAAGCGCCGCGCGGUGGCGCGCGUGGUGCACCGGAGUGGGAAGCCGCAGCAGGAGCUCGUCGCUGCCGUGGAGGAGAUAGCCGAGCAGCUGCGGGACGCUUACGAGAACCUAGAUGAGGAGUGGCGCGGAGAACGGUUCGUGGAGCUGAUGGUCACCGACGGCUGCUUCUUGCUAGACAUGAUCUGGACGUUUAGGCAUGAAGAGGAGGAAGAAGUUUACGGGUCCGAUGACCCUGUCUACAGCAAGCAUGGCUGCUUAUACUUGAAGGACUAUGUCAUCUCAGACAUGCUCGUGAUUGAGAACCAGCUGCCUUUGCUCCUACUGCAAAGGCUCAAGUUUGUUGCGGGUCCUGACACUUUCCCGGAUGAGGAUGGAGAUAUACACCACUGGGUGAUUCAGCUUCUUUCCUACGUCAUCACGCCUAUAACGCCUGUCGAUGACAUGGGGCUCCAUCCCCUGGACGUUCUUCAGAAAAGCAUAAGUGUUACACGUAGAAACCGCGAAGGGUCAAUGGAAGGGUCUGAUCACAUGCCUUCCGCUGCUGAGCUCCAUGACUCAGGGAUUAAUUUUGAGGUGAGCAUAGGUUCUGGAUUCGCAGGUACAGUCAGCUUCGAACGAGGCGUACUACGUGUCCCAAAGAUCGUGUUGUAUGGCAACGCCGAGCGUGCGUUCCUCAACCUGAUGGCCUUCGAACGACUGCAUCCAGGCGCCCGGAACGACGUGAAUGCAUUUGUGUGGUUUAUGGACGAGCUCAUCAACACGCCCAAGGAUGUGCGGCUGCUGAGGUCCAAGGGAAUCAUCGACAGCGGUAUGGGAAGCGACGAGGCGGCGGCGGAUCUGAUCAACAACACAAUAACAAGUGGUGCAGUGAUGGACCGAGACAACAGCCUCUACGACGUGCUAGCAGAGGUGGAUGCCUACUGCAAGAAGCCGUGGAACAGCUGGAGGGCCAACCUCAUACACACAUACUUCAGUAACCCUUGGGUAUUCAUCUCCCUAGUCGCCGCUACUACCCUCCUCAUCACCGCGCUCAUUCAGACGGUCUACAGUGUCUUGUCCUUCAACAAGAAGAGCUGAUUAAACCUUAUAGCAUCAAUAUUUGGGCUAAGAAUUAUAUAUCCCAUAUAUGAAAUUCCUGCUUGUCAAUUCAAAUUAUAAUGAACUAUGUAAUACUCAGUCUCUAUCUAUCCAUGUCUGUCCAUCCCAGAUCCUCUUCUUAUAUAUGUGUUCAUCCUCACCACUUUGCUUCUGGAAUAUCCCAAAUUGUAAAGUAUGAUAUAUUUGUAUGUUCUUGUACUAUUUGC